GAAACUGUAAAACCGAGUACAGCGUCCCAACGUCUCAGAGUUCGCUUGUACAUGUGGAUGGAGCUGAAGCAGCCAAAGAUGCUCGCACAUAUUCUUUUAACGUUGCUGGCCGUGUCCCGCGCCGUCUCCGCUCAGGGGGACGUGGAGACAAAAGCCAGGGAGUUUCUGCAGAGGUUCGACGCGGAGGCCGGCGAGCGGAUGUAUCAGUACUCGCUGGCAUCGUGGGCCUACAACACCAACAUCACGACUGAGACCUCAAACAAACUGAGUGAAGAGGGCGAAGUUUGGGGCAAAUUUUACACCCAGAUGUCAGAGGAGUCUCGGCAGUUCCCCAUCGAUCAAAUCAAAAAUCCAGAAAUCAAAUUACAGCUCAUCUCCCUUCAGGACAAAGGCUCUGGUGCUUUAUCCAAAGAUAAGGCCGAACAUCUGAGUAAAGCCAUGAGCGAGAUGAGCACCAUCUACAGCACAGCAACAGUUUGUCUGAAGGACGACCCGCAUGACUGCCACACUUUGGAGCCAGGCCUGGAGGACGUGAUGUUCAACAGCAAAAACUAUAACGACCGUCUGCAUGUGUGGGAGGGCUGGAGGAAAGAGGUGGGGAAGAAGAUGAGGCCUCUGUACGAAGACUACGUGGAUCUGAAGAACGAAGCCGCAAAGCUCAACGGUUUCAAAGACUAUGGAGAGUACUGGAGAUCCAACUAUGAGACCAUGGAAGAGGACAGUAAAUACAAGUACACCCCGGACCAGCUCAUGGAAGACUCUAAGUCAAUCUACCUCCAGAUCCUGCCAUUAUAUAAGGAGCUACAUGCUUAUGUGAGGGCCAAGCUUAUGGAGGUCUACCCGGGACGCAUUGAUCCAAAAGGACCUCUGCCGGCCCACCUGCUGGGUGACAUGUGGGGAAGAUUCUGGACCAACCUGUACCCUCUGUGCAUCCCCUACCCGGACAAAACAGACAUCGAUGUCAGCAAAACCAUGCUUGAGAAGGGUUGGACUGAGCGUCGUCUUUUCGAUGAAGCGGAGAUUUUCUUCACGUCUGUGGGCCUGUACGAGAUGUUCGAAAACUUCUGGAAUAAUUCCAUGCUGGUUAAGCCCGACGAUGGACGCAAGGUGGUCUGUCACCCCACGGCCUGGGACAUGGGAAACAGGAAGGACUUCAGGAUCAAGAUGUGCACGAAGGUCAACAUGGAGGACUUUCUCACCGUGCACCACGAGAUGGGCCACAACCAGUACCAGAUGGCUUACAGAAACCUGUCCUACCUCCUGAGGGACGGAGCCAACGAGGGUUUCCACGAAGCCGUCGGGGAAAUUAUGUCCCUCUCUGCUGCAACUCCCAAACACCUGAAGAGCCUGGAACUUCUGCCUCCAGACUUCACGGAUGAUAAUGAAACGGAGAUCAACUUCCUGCUGAAGCAGGCGCUCACCAUUGUGGCCACGCUGCCCUUCACUUACAUGCUGGAGGACUGGAGGUGGCGGGUGUUUGCAGGACACAUCCCCAAGGAUGAAUGGAUGAAGCAGUGGUGGGAGAUGAAGAGGGAGAUGGUGGGGGUGAUGGAGCCGGUGCCUAGAGAUGAGACUUACUGUGAUCCUCCUGCUCUGUUCCAUGUAUCGGGAGAUUAUUCUUUCAUCAGAUACUUCACGAGAACCAUCUACCAGUUUCAGUUCCAAAAAGCGCUCUGUGAUGCAGCGGAUCACAAAGAGGAAUUAUUUAAAUGUGACAUAACGGGUAACAAAGUGGCAGGAACCAAACUGAGGAAUAUGUUAGAACUGGGAAGGUCCCAGUCCUGGACCAAGGCUUUGGAAACAAUAUCCGGUGAUACCAGAAUGGAUGCCAAACCCUUGUUGAAUUAUUUUCAAAAACUGCAUGACUGGCUGAUAGUAGACAACCGGAAACACAACAGGAAUGUGGGCUGGGAGCCAGGAACUGCUCCAAGUUCAAAUGCUAUCAAAGUAAGAAUAAGUUUGAAGGCUGCCAUGGGCGAUAAUGCAUAUUCCUGGAAUAACAAUGAGAUGUACUUGUUCAAGAGCAACAUUGCAUACGCUCUGAGGCAGUACUACAGCGAAAAGAACAAGAGUAUUCCCUUCAUAUCAGAGAACAUCAUCGUCGAUGAUGAGACGCCCAGAAUCUCCUUCUACGUCACAGCCAAAAACCCAUUAAAUCACUUAGAGGACGUCCCAAAGAAUGACUUGGAGGCUGCAAUAAGGUUAAGCCGGGGCAGAAUCAACGACGCCUUCCAACUGGACGACUGGACGCUGGAGUUCGUGGGUAUCCCGGCAACACUGGCUCCUCCCGUGGAGCAGCCCGUGGAGGUGUGGCUGGUGGUGUUCGGCGUGGUCAUGGGAGUCGUCGUGCUAAUGGGCGUCUAUCUGAUCGUCUCCGGCAUCCGACAGCGCAAGGGGAAAAAAAGGUCGGGCGUCGAGAAUCCCUACGACCCAUCCAAUGACGGGCAGACUAACAAAGCCUUUGAGGACAAUGAAGGGGAACAGACGGGAUUCUGAGUCGACAGAAGGAAGAUGUUCUGAAAGCUCCGUACGGCUAAGAAUGAGAAAGUCAAGAGUGUUGCUUUUAUAAAGCCUUUCCCUCCGUCACCAAUGCUGCACCACCUCACAUCAAACAACAAUAGAACUUUAACUAAAUAUAAGUAAUUAUAUUACAGUUGACAUACUUUGUGAAUGAACUUAGCGUGUGAUUUACUAACGCCAUACUUUUAUUAUACUUAAUAAGCUUGAGGUACUGUACAUAUAUAUUAACAUAAGCACAAUUUACUUGUUUUACAAUUCUUUUGAACAACUCUUAAUAAAUAUAAGGCAAGCAACAAUACAGUGGAAUAUUUCAGCUGUGUCUGCAUUAUUAUUAUUAUUAUUAUUAACUUUUUUUAAAGAAAAUCAGGCUACUAAAACUAAAACUGUGUAUUAGUCCUCUAAAGUCGCCUAUAUUUCGCUUUUUUGUUAAAUUAUGCCAAAAAUGUAUGUCUUUCUUUACCGAUUAAAUGUGAUAACUCAGCAGAGAAUGUUAUUUGAGUUAGAUUCAAGAAAUCUAUGUACUGGACUUUCAGAGAUCAUGCGUUAUCGUUCUGUUGAUACUUGUGAUUUGCAUAACCUCAUAAUCUUGUACAAUUCAUAUAUUAUUUCUUUCUA